AUGCUGAUGCUGCCACCCGGUGCUUUUCAUUUGGGGAUCAAGCGGCAAUGCCCCUGGAAGAAGAUCAAAGAUCGAAGUGCUUUCUUUAAUUAUUACAGGCCAGGAGAUUACCAGAUUACUGGGAUCAUAACGACUGCAAAUUCUAUAUUUCGGCCAUAUGAUUUCUACAGUUCUCCCUCCAGCAAUAUUCUCGUUCUAGAAGGCACGACAUUCUGGAACAUCCUGCCCUUCUUGUUUGCUGUUCGUGAGAUCAACGAGAAGCCAACCCUUUUAGCCAAUGUCACUCUGGGCUACAACAUCUACGAGAAUCAUUUCAAUGCAAGGAUAACUUCUGAGGCUUUGGUGGACCUGCUGUCUGUGGGGCAGCAGCAUGUUCCAAACUACCUCUGUGGGAAGCAGAAUGGCUUGUCAGUGGUUCUGGAAGGGGCCGACUCAGAAAUCUCCAACCAGAUUUCAACAAUAUUGGACAUCUACAAGAUCCCACAGGUCAGUUAUCGUGUCGUCAGUCAAAUACCAAAGGAGACACAUCAAUACCCUUUUUUCUAUCGAGCAGUCCCAAAUCAGGAGCCUCCUUACCUGGGGAUUGUCAAACUGCUCCUGCACUUCAGGUGGACUUGGAUCGGCCUCCUGGCUCCAGAUAAUGAAAGCGGGGAAAGAUUUAUGAGCACUUUCUCUGCUGUGAUCACAAAGAACGGCAUAUGUAUUGCUUUCUCAAACAAAAUGCCCAUAGGAGUUUUUUAUAGAAGAACAGAUUCUGACUUGGUUUCCAAUCUUAGCAGCACUGAAGUCAAUGUUGUCGUCUGUCAAAUAGACUCUCAGACCGUGCUCACUCUUGGACUGACAAUUCAAAGAGUUGGAGUGAUAAAAAAAUCCCCUGUGGGAAAAGUGUGGAUUGCAACAGCUUUGCAGGAUCUUACCGUGAGAAUCUUGUUCAGAAUGUUUGAUCUCCAGUUCACCCAUGUUUACUUGUCCUUCUUGAUCCAGACCAACAAAGGGACACAAUAUAAUGAUUUUGAGACAAUUCUCAUUAAUAAUGACCAGUUAAGCAAGGCAGCAUUUCGUUGUUUCUCUCCAAGAGAUACGUUGUCUGUGAAAGUCUGGAACAGGUGCAUUGAGAGAGAGAAGAGGGAGAAUCUGCCCCAGGAUGUGAUUGAGAGGAUCCUGUCUCAAGACAGCUACAGCAUUUACAAUGCCAUCCAGGUUGUGACACAGUCUUUGCAUGCAGCACACCUUUCCCGAUCAAAUUGGAGGAAGACAAUGGGUGGGCAUAGCCUGGCAGCUCAAAGGAUCCAGCCAUGGCAGCUUCAUCCUUUUCUUAAAAAUGUCCAGUAUUACAAUAUUGCCAUGAAUGGAGUUUAUUUGGAUGAGAAUGGGGAGCUGGCAGCUGACUUCCAUAUCGUGAACUGGUUAAUGUUUCCCAACAAGUCGACCGCUGGAGUAGAAGUUGGGCGUAUAGAGAGACGGGACUCCCCUGAGAUCAAGGUGACCGUUGAUGAAAAUGCCAUUGGAUGGUCCAGUUGGUUUAACCAGACGAUGCCCUUUUCUAGAUGCACCAAAAGUUGCCAUCCAGGACAUGUCAAGCUGGUGAAGGAGGGAGAGCCCGCCUGCUGCUAUGGCUGUGCCCCGUGUGCAGGAGGAACCAUCUCCACUCAGGAAG